GGUUGUCAGGAGGUGUCGUCAUGUGAUCAGCUGAUGCUCUCAGUUCAGAUUUGGUCGUCUCCUCGUCGAGCUGCAGACACACAAACUGGUGACAUGGAGCGCAAGCUGGAUCUUUCCCGUCUCACGGAUGAAGAGGCCAAACACGUUUGGGAGGUGAUUCAACGAGAUUUCAACCUCCGCAAGAAAGAAGAGGAGAGGCUCAGUGAGCUGAAGAUUAAGAUUGAGAAGGAGGACUCAAAGCGAGACCUGCUGGGUUCUCAGAGCAACCUGUCCGACUCGAUGUGUAUCCGCUGCCUGCAGCCCUUCAAGUUCCUGGUCAACAGCAAGCGCCAGUGUCUGGACUGCCACAUGUACACCUGCAAGUCCUGCAGCCGCUACAACAAGAAGGAGCACGGCUGGGUGUGCGACAACUGCCGCAUGAACAGGGUGCUGAAGAUCGGGACUCUGGGCUGGUACCACGACAACGUGAGAAACCGUUUCAAGCGCUUUGGUAGCGCCAAGGUGAUGAGGUCACUGUACAAGAGGCUGAAUGGAGAAGGUGGUCGUGAUGACGACACUCAGAGUAUGCCGGAUGUCCACAACCACGCAUAUAACGGCAAUGAGGACGAUCAAGGAGACUUCGAGGGUCAGCGCCACAAAGUGAUGAGGAAGAAUAAACGCCUGCUGUCUGUUCAUCCGAUGGACUUUGAUAACGAGGAUUAUCUGCCUCAGUCUCGCCGUCAGUCGCAGCAGCAGGACGAUCGGUAUUAUAGGAAUGAUGUGGACUAUGACUACCACAACCACCGAGGGAACCGCAGGAAGAGCCUGGACCGACACGCCAUGAGACCCGAUGAUUACGGGGAGAAUCGGGUGGUCCGGACUCGCUCUCUGUCCAAGAUCACCUCCUCGGUGGCUCGACAGCAGUAUGUCGACACAUCCGACGAGGAAGAGUACCAGAGGUACCCGCCCAUGUACCAACAGCCACCCCACCGCCGAAGGGGCAGCAGAACCUCCUCCCAGGAGAACCUGGGACAAGCCCAGCCCAUAAAUGAACUGAACAAACGAAUGUUAGCCAUCGAGAGUCUGCUGAGCCGCCUCGAGGAGAAAAUAACGCCUGGUGACGAGCAGCCAUUAAAUACACUGACUCAGAAUGAGGAGGAGAAGCUGAGAAGGAAGCUGAGCGAGCUAGCAGGAAACCUGAGCGAUAAGGGCCCAUCGUCAGAUGAUGAGGCCGGGAAGAAGUCCUCCUCUGUGGGUAAAGGUUUGGCCGGACUCAGGGGCGGCCCAGCAAUCGCUCUGAACUCUCUGAAGGACAAAGAACUGAGCUCAUCCAGUGAUGAGAUGCCCACUGAGGCUCAGAAGAGAUCGACCGCCGCCGCCCUCUGUGACCUCACCACUGAGGUCCUGAGAACCAUUAAUGCCACAGAAAACGCUAUGGUCGAGUACGGCCUCUUAGAGCCGAUCGACAGGUCCCACUUAGUUGGCACUGACGUAAAGCAGGCCGAUGAUGCGUUCAGGGAACUUGAGGAAAAUGUGUACAUCACGGCUGGUCAGUCCUAUGAGCUGGAGUCGAAGCUACGGCGGCUCGAGCAGAGCGCCAAGAAUCAUUUUGGAGGGACGACGGACUCGGAGCUGUCGGAGCUCGAGGACGUGGUGGCGCUGACUGCCGCCAGAGUCCAGAGCGCUGAGAGUGAGGUUUCUGAUAUUGAGAGUAAAAUCGCUGCUCUGAGUGCUGCUGGAUCCAGGAAGAAGGUUUCUGGAUCUCAGAGGAAAAAGCCCACUCAGGAUUUUCCCAAAGCUAACGGCGCUCAGUGGAAAUCCAGCAACAUGUUCUGAAGCUGAAGCUCACCUUCAGCAGCUGCUGCUCGCUCCUCUUCCUCAUGAAGCCUUCCUCAGCGCAAACGCUCACAACUUAAAAACCAGAGAAUCAAACCCAGAUCCAGAGAUGAUCUAUACGCAGAAACAUUUCACCUCUAAAAGCUUUAACAUUUAAAUGAAAGGAGGCGGAGCCUGAUUCAGAGACAGGUGUGUUUCUCUGCUUUGGUGUUUCACACACAGCAGAGCCAAACCACACAACCACCUCCAAACUACACAAAUGUUCACAUUUAAUAUCAUUACAGUGUUUCUGUGACAGCUGGAGAGACCACAUGAAGUUACAUCCAAGUAUUUAAACUGUGACUCUGAAACGUUUCUUUGCCACUGACGGAUUAUAAAAAUACACAUUUGAAAAUUUCUCAAUAUUUCUCCUAUUGGCUCAGAUUUAAUUGUGGCACCUCUGAGCUUUGAUCAGCUGUUUGUUGAUAUAAAUAAUCAAGUCAAAUAUGUUCUUAUUGGAUCAAUGUAUUGAUAGCUGAUAGUCUGGAUGAACAUUAUUGGUCAUCAGUAUUAAUCCUGUAGUUUCUUUGAUUUAUUGAUUGAAUUGGUCUGCAUUCAGCUUUCUGAUCAAUAAAAUAUCAAAUUCUGCAUUUUGGAUUUGUUUGCAUAUUUCAGCCUUCAGUCUACUUUACUGCUUGUUCUGUGACCUUUGACCUGCAGCCUGACAGGAAAGGCAAUCCAUCCUGUUCCACAGGGGGCGCUGUGGUCCAGGAUGAAUGCAGGUGUUGGGGUAAAUGUUGUUCUCGAAGUUUCCACCAUGUUUUUGAUAAAGGCCACACAAACAGCUCUUUAGACUUUAAUCAUUAAUUAUUAAUCUCUGUCUCCCCCCUCAGCAGAUGACCCCC